AUGUGGCCCACCUGUCCUUCGGGACCAACGCCUCGACAGAGGCAGACGACAGUCAUCAUCAGUCUGAUCGUCCUGGCUCUUCUCACAGCCUUUGCCGUUACCCAGGCAGUCCAGCCAAUUCUGGAGGAAGACCACUCCAACCUCGUCGCCAAAAGCAAUCCAGAUCUUGAACGCAGACAAUUCUUCGGCAUCGACUCCCUUCCAGGUAGCAUAUUUCGUCCAUCUGCUCCAGCUCCCAAUCAAGACCAGCCAGCCAUCACCACUCCUCUUCCUGCAGCUCCUACAGCUGGCGACAAUCGACCACAAGGCCCUCUCGGUGCUAUUGGUGGCGUCGUCGACGGCGCUUUGAGCCAUAUCACAAGCCAUGCUGGUGGGAUCAUCGCAACCCUGACUUCUAGACGAGCAGGAGGCGCUGCCGCUCCCGCAGCUUCAACAGUCAACAUUGGCGAUGUUGUUGGCACCUUCAUCGAUGGAACACCAGUCCAGAGUCUGGUGAAUGCAGCUGCCAGCGUUGGCGGCAGUGUAGCUUCAGUCGUGCCGUCAAUUCUGUCGGGCGUUACAGGACCACCUAAUCCUCCCGUAUCCUCAGCUGGUGGUCAACUGCCAGUCCCCAUUCCUGGCGUGACCGAGGCUCCUGGUAACGGCAAUCUUCCCACCAUCAUGGCCACACUUACACAACCUGUUGGCGCCGCGACAUCUCUCCUGAACAACCCACCUACCUCAGUGCCAUCAGCUGUCGCUGCUGUGACAGAUUCUGAGAAUAUCAUGACUUCUAUGGUCCCUAUCGGCAGCUCCGAUCCUCUCACCAACCCCGUCAUACCGGAUUUGAGCAGCAACUUGGGUGCGGCCACAGUCAUCCUACCAGAGUCAUCGACACUUCCUACGGAUCUCGGUGGGCUCAACGCACCACAGCUUCCCGACGACUCAACCGCCUUAUCAAGUGUUUUAGCUUCCGUCUCUGAAGCUGUCAGCGAGGCCACCACUGCGAUCCCAAUUGUGGGAGAUGCUCCAAGCCCGGUCACUACUCUGGGAGAUGCAACAGAGUCUGAGCUGUGCACUGUCGUCAACAUCGCCAAGGGUAUUCCAACAUUUCUUGCCGUCCCUUGCUCUGCUGCUCCUUCGAGGUCGUCAAGAGUUCCUGCGUCGGACGCGACGCCGGCAAGUGGAAGUGCUGUUGUUUCAUCCACAUCAGUCCCGUCUGCGCCAUCUGCCUCUCAGCCAGCGAAUGGAAACACAGGCAGUGCUUCUCCGUCAUCUCCAGCUGUCGGAGCUACCUCUCAAGGUUCCUCAAUGACAGCAAGUGCUGCUGGCGGACAACAAUCAUCUGCUGCCUCUUCUGCUGCCCCAUCUGCUGCUCCGUCUUCCGGUGGUCAGUCCUCACCCAUCUCUCCAUCAGCUGGCAAUGGCCAGUCUUCGCCGGCUUCUCCGUCCUCUGCCGGAGGUGGAAGUCCUGCACCCACGGCAUCAUCAUCUCGCCCUGAGACUUCAAGCCCGAGCAACGGCCAACCGCAGAACACCGAUCGAGGAGGUCAGCCACCCGCACCAUCGGGCAGUCCGGCGACACCGCCUGCACCUGCCAAUUCUGCUUCUGCGAACCCUGGCCAGUCGGAUGGAGCUGCUCCUGCUCCUGCUCCUGCGUUUCCUUCAGCACCUGCAGCGAGCCCUUCAAUAACCGCCACCCCAGAAACUUCGCCAGCCGCCUCACAGGCCCCUUCGCAAGCCCCUUCGCAAGCUCCUGCUGGGACGCCAGGUGGAGGCAACAACUCUGGAGCAUCUCCAACAAGUCAGUCCGGCGGCAUCUUUUCUGUUGAAGAACCAGAAGCCCCUGCACCAUCGGGAAACGUUCCGCCAUCCACCCCGGUCAUCCCCAUUUCCGACUGCCCUGCAGUGGUUCAAUGUCCAGCAUGCCCAGCGUCUCCCUCCAAGCCACCCUCUGGUUCUUGUCCCUGUCCGGGAAGGGGAUAUUCAUGCUCGGAAUGCCUCGACGGCUGGUUCUGCCCCCCUCAGGAGACGCCAAUGGUACCUGCUCCGUGCGGAAUGGGCUGGCCUUGUUAUCACUGCAAAGGUGGCUGGUACUGUGCCCCUUCGGACGCAGGCAUGGUAUCUGGAGGCGCCAACGGGCCGGCCAAUGUAGUCAUCACCACCGUGACUGCUUUCGUUCUUCCUGGACCUACCGCAGCUCCCGGAGAUGGCGGCAACGGUUCUGGCAACGGCUCCAACAAUGGCAAUGGCAACAGCAACGGAAAUGGCAAUGGGAAUGGUAACGGCAACGGCAACGGUUCUGGAAGCGGUACCGGUAACGGUUCCAAUGGCGAUGGGGCUUCAUCAACUUCCUGCUCCACGGCAAAAGAUUCUCAGCAGACGGACACAUCUGGAAAUGGAGAUGGCAACAGUAGCCCAGCAAGCAACCCCAAUGAUGGCUCUGCCAACGGCAAUGGAAGUCCCAAUAAUGGCGACCCAGGCAACGGGAAGCCUCCCGGCGACGGUUCCGGCAACGGCAAUGGCGCUGCUUCGACACCCUGCUCUACGGCAAACGGAGGUCAGCCAACGGGCAAUGGAUCUGGAAAUGGCGCAGGUACGGGCAACCCACCAGCCAAGGAUCCCAACAAUGGUUCUGGCAAUGGCUCGGGUGACAAAAAUGGAGGCUCUGGUACCGGAGAUCCCGCUGCUACGCCCGCGAAUGCUGGUCCUGCCAACGCCGCAACGACGCCGUGCACAACUUACAAUGGUGGCCAACCUACCGGCGGUGUUGGGGCUGGAGCACCUCCGAGUAGCGCACCUCCUACUGAUCCCAACAACGAUUCCGGCGCGGGUAAUGGCUCAGGGAAUGGCUCUGGCAACGGCUCGCCUGACACUUCUGGCAAUGCUGCACCGGCCAACUCCCCUGAUGGAAAUGGAGCGUCCCCUGCACAAUCUCCUCCCAAUCCCAACGCCAGCUCUGGAGGCAACGCUGGCAAUGGUGGCUCUCCUGCAGAUGGUUCCGGCAACGACAAAGGAAACUCUGGUGACGGAAAACCUUUGUCUGAUUACGGCGCCUCGCCGGCAAACCCUGCCAACGGUAACCCCAACAAUGGAGCAGGCGCAGGUUCUGGUUCAGGAGCACCGACUGGCAAUGGAACACCAACCAACACUGGUCCUGCUUCACCGGCAUCAACUGGCAACGGAGGUGCGGGUGCGGGUGCUGGAGAUCCCAACGCAGGUUCGGGCAACGCCGCUCCCAACGAUGCUGCACCCAAAGCUGCCUCGGACUGCUCUGGUUGGAAGCUUCUUGGCUGUUUCAAGGAUUCAAACAUCCGAACACUCGACGGCGACCCAUCAGACUACUUUGCUGGUAGCAUGUCCAACGAGAAGUGCAUUGAGCACUGCGCUUCCAUGGGCUUCAAGCUUGCUGGUACAGAGUACGGAACGGAGUGCUGGUGUGGAAACAUGUUCCAAAUCGCAGAGCGUCUUCCGAGAGAGCAGUGCAACAAGCCUUGCGACGGUCUGUCUACAGACAUUUGCGGAGGUGACUGGGCCGCCACCGUGUACAGUGCCGAUGGUCAAGCGCUGAGCAUGCCAUCUGAUGGCGAUGCUGGCGACGGCUCCGGCGGCAAUGGUUCUGGAGGCAAUGGUGGCGCUGGCGACCCGAAUUCCGGGAACCCUUCAUCUCCACCUCAAGGCAACCCGCCCGCGGGGACUCCUGCAAAUACACCGGCACCCACGAGCACCCCCGCGCCUGCGAACAAUCCCGUGCCUGCAGCCCCAUCUCCCCAGAGCCAACCAGCACCAGCUCCCGCAGGUAACCCACCAGCUGCAGUGACACCUCCACCAACGCCCACUCCCCCUGGAUUAUCACAGGCAGAGUUGGAGGCUCUUCUUCAGAGCAUCAUCAACUCCUUGCCAAAAGGAAGCCCGGAUGGUGGAUACGGCAGCGGUCUGGGAGCAAGGGACUCUGGGGCUGGUGGCAACAACGCGCCCGCAGGUACUGACAACGGCAACGGUGAUGGCGGUCUUCCCGAUCUUGGACCGCUUAUGGGGCCGGGUCCCGUCAUUCCUCCUGAGGGGCUCACUGGGUAUGGCUCUGCAAAGAAGAGCAUGGCCAACCGGUACAUGAAGCGCAGCAGGAUCAUAGGACGCCGUGCGGUCGCGGAUCAUGAUGCUGACUGUAAUGACGAGGUCGAUGGACACAACGGAGGCUGCGCUGGUGCGAAGGCCUAG